AUGGGCCGUAAACCACCCAAAUCCACAACCGUAGCCCCACCGUUAUUCCGCCGCAUCGCAUAUCUCGACGACGGCAUCUCCCGCUACAUCCACACUUUCACAAGCCCCCUCGCCCCUAAACCCCUCCUACGCUCCCUAGAACACCUUGCGGAUUUCCGUCUAUUCUUCCCCGUAACACUCUCACUCUUCUUCGCCACUCCCUCUCACUCUCCGCUCCGUCCCCACCUCCUCCUCCCUCUCAUCCUCUGUUCCCUCCUCGAUCUCAUCUUCAUAGGUUUCCUCAAGUUCCUAGUCCGCAGACCUCGCCCUUCCUACGCCAUUCACGGCGACUACAACGCCGUAGUUCCUGUUGAUAAAUUCUCCUUCCCUAGCGGCCACUCUUCCAGAGUAUGUUUCAUCGCCGCAAUCUUUUCACUCUCCCGCGCUCGGAUCGUUGAAGCUGUCGCUGAUUCUAGCCAUCCGCGGUUCGCGUUGCUCGUUCACAGGUGGAUCAGAGGAGACGAAGCUAUGGCAGUUAAUCUGUUGGUUGCCAUGGUCUGGUCUUGGGCUCUGACGACGGUUGUUUCUAGGGUUGUUCUUGGAAGGCAUUAUGUUCUCGAUGUGGGCUUCGGAGCGUGCCUUGGUGUUCUGGAAGCUUUGUUCACCUUGCAUUUUCUCAAUUUCAGUGUUUCAAUUUGA